AUAACUAAUGAUCCAUUGGGUGCAUUGAGUUCUUGGAACGACUCUCCUCAUUUCUGUCAGUGGCAAGGCAUCACUUGCAGCCUUCAUCAUCAUCAAAGAGUCACUGUCAUAGACUUGCAAUCUCAAGCGCUUACUGGAGAGGUUUCUCCCUUCAUACGCAAUCUCAGUUUCCUCAAAGUCAUCAAUCUUCAAAGCAACAGCUUCAAUGGAGAAAUUCCAGCCAACUUGUCAUUUUGCUCUGAGCUGGUGACCCUUACCUUAGGCUUCAAUGGCUUUAUAGGGGACAUUGCGAGUAACUUUGGUUCAUUUUUCAAGCUCAUCUCACUUGGACUCGAAGGAAACAAUUUAAUGGGGGCUAUCGCACCUUCUCUUGGAAAUCUUUCUUCUCUCCAAAGUCACACUGUUGGGAUAAAUUAUCUUCAAGGAAGUAUUCCGGAUUCACCAGGUCAAUUACUAACACUGACGUUUAUCGGUUUGGGUCCUAAUAACCUGGUUGGUGAGAUUCCUCCCUUACUUUUCAAUCUCUCAUGUCUAAUUGGAUUUUUAGUUGCAUUGAACAAAGUAUACAACAGUCUUCCACAGGAUAUAGGACUUAAUCUUCCUAAACUCCAAGUUUUAAACUUCAAUAGCAACCAGUUUAGUCGAACUAUUCCACGUUCCUUUCCUUUUUUUUUUUUUUUUGGAUAAAUAUUCAACGUUCCUUUCCUAAUGCUUCAAGGCUUAUAUGCCUAGAAAUUUUGGAAGCCUACAGGGCUUGCGACAGUUAAAUGUUGUUUAUAGGGGGUUGAUGAUCUGAGUUUUCUUCCUUCUUUGUACAACUGUACCAACCUAACGACUCUUGGCCUAACCGCCAAUAAUUUUGGAGGUCAAUUGCCUAGUUCCAUGGGCAACCUCUCAAUCCAUCUUACCAGAUUGUACCUUGGAGGAAAUCAGAUAUCUGGAACCAUGCCUGUUGAAUUUGGAAAUUUUAUCAACUUAAAUGUAUUGGGGAUGGAGGCAAACCUGUUCAUGGGUACAAUCCCCGACUCUAUAGGAAAACUUCAAAGGCUACAAAGGGGGGUGGCAACUGAGUGGAAACAAAUUAUCAGGUAAACGACCUUAUACACUUGCCAAUAUGACUGAACUAGUUGUACUCUAUCUAGAAGUCAAUUAUUUUAAUGGAGUAUUCCUUCGGAUCUUGAGAACUGUCACUUUUUGUAACUGUUAGAUCUUUCUCAAAAUGCACUUGAUGGCACUAUCCCUGAACAAAUCUUUAGUCUUCCUUCCUUGUCAAUCUCACUAAACUUGUCUCACAAUUCCUUGACAGCUUCCCUCCCACUGAAAUUCAGUUACUUGAAAACCUUGGAGGUAUUGGACAUCUCUGGGAACAAAUUAUCGGGCAAAAUUCCAAGCACAAUUGGUGAUUGCAACAACUUAGAAUACCCCUAUAUGCCAGGUAAUUCCUUUGAUGGAAACAUCCCAUCAUCUUUGAAUUCUUUGAUAGACAUCUGAUAUUUAGAUCUUCCGCACAACACUUGUCCGGUGAAUUCCAAAGAAUUUGCCCAAUUUGCAAAGCCUAAACUUAUCUUUCAACAAUCUUGAGGGCGAGGUACCAAUCGGAGUCUUUGGCAAUGGAAGUGAAAUUUCAGUUGUCGGAUACAAGCAGCUUUGUGGUGGAAUUUCUAGCUUGGAUUUACCAAGAUGCAAAACUCAAGAGCCAAGAACACACAGAAAGUCCCUUAUGUUAAAACUUACGCUCCCGCUAGUUGGUGCAUUGUCACUUUUAGCCCUGCUAACAGUAAUUCUUGUUUUCAAUUGUACAAAGGAGUCAAGAAAGAAGCCAUCUAUAGCCUCUUCCUUUGCUGCACUCUAUUUCAGGACUUCCUACGAAGAGCUCUUUAAGGCGACAGAUGGAUUUGCAUCAGAAAACUUAAUUAGCAUGGGUAGUUUUGGAUCUGUGUACAAAGGAGUUAUCCAUCAAGAAGAAACGCCGAUUGCUGUGAAGGUAAUCAACCUUCAACAAAGAGGAGCUGCCAAGAGUUUCAUGCUCGAGUGUGAAGCAUUGAGAAAGAUUAGGCAUCGGAAUCUUCUCAAGAGCUUAACUUCAUGCUCAAUCAUUGACUUCAGAGGUUAUGAUUUCAAAGCACUAGUUUUUGAUUUCACGCCUAAGGGGAGUUUGGAGAAGUGGUUGCACCACCAAGGCACACAAGGACAGCCGUUAGGGUGUUUUGAGUUUUAUUCAAAGACUCAACGUAGUGAUUGACAUUGCUUCUGCACUGGAUUACCUAUACCACCAUUGUGAAACGCCAAUUGUUCAUUGUGACUUGAAACCGACAAUGUUUUACUUGAUAGUGAUUUGAAUGACCAUGCAUGUGACUUCGGGUUAGUUAGAUUUCUGUCUAUGACAACCGACAAUUUCAGCUACAGCGGUAGUAGUACUGUUGCUGUGAGGAGAUCCAUAGGCUAUAUAGCUCCAGGCAUCAAUCUUAUUUCUCUUUCUUUCGUUAA